AUGGUUCCCAAAUGCAUUGUAUUUGGCAGCUUAAACGGCCAGAUACGACCCGUGUUCACGAAGCUAGCCAAGCUGCAGCUAAAACAGGAUUUCUCCUUUGCGAUCAUUCUUGGUGAUUUCUUCGGUGAUGGUUCAACUGAAGACGAACUCGAGGAUAUUACUGCCUUGAUACAGGGAAACAUUCCCGUGGCAUGCCCAACCUACUUCACCCUUGGUAACCGACCACUUCCCCCUCAAGUGGUCGAAAAAAUUGAAGCAAGUGAUGAAGUGUGCCCCAACUUGUUCUUCCUGGGAAAGCGAGGAACAUUGAAGACAACAGAUGGUAUUCGUAUUGUUGCGCUAGGUGGAACCAUGGGGGAGACAGAGGGCAGAUCCAAGCCCGAGAGCAAUGCUAGCGGCAAGUUCCAGCCGACAUACAGUGAAUCUGAUGCUCGUGCACUGUUCGGGAUUCAUCAAACCGACAUUCUUAUCACCAACCAAUGGCCAAAGGAUGUCCGCCUUGGAUCUAGCGGCGAAGCCUCCGGGGAUAAGGCGACUGUGCCAUCUGAAUUACAAUGCAUUGCUGAUGUCUGCGCGACCCUGAAGCCCCGAUAUCACUUUUCUCGGUCAGACGGUGCUUUCUUCGAGCGUGAACCCUUCUUUCACAUGCCAACGGAAGAGGAUCAGAAUGUCUACAAACUCACUCGGUUUAUUUCAUUGCCUAGCUUCGGGUCGAAAAAAGCUAUUUAUGCCUUCAACUUGGACCCAACAGCACCUUUCCCAAGCAGUAUCCCCAUAGGCUCCACUAUUUCCCCUUGGUCAGCAGCACAAAGCAGGCGCCAAAUGCUCCCAAGCCAAAGCGAAUCAUACCAGCGGUAUGCGCCCUCCGGCAGAGAUAGAGAACCGGGACAUCAGCGCCGACACAAAGAACGCGCCCCUCCGCCAGGCCCGGAGAAUUGUUUCUUCUGCCUCUCGAAUCCCAACAUCGCCACCCAUCUCAUUACCUCAAUUGGCAAUGAAAGCUAUAUCACCACCGCCAAAGGGCCUCUGCCCACAAAGGACUUUUACCCUUCCCUGGGCUUCCCAGGCCACAUGCUCAUCAUCCCCUUCGAGCAUUCCCCGACCAUUGACCUAAUCUUCGACCCAGCCAUUCGAGCUUCGACUUUCGCCGAGAUGCAACGAUACCGCGAAUCCCUACAUCAAAUGCUGAACGAGCGAUCUGGAGGCAAGCUCGGUGCUGUCACAUGGGAAGUCAGCCGUUCGAACGGUAUCCACACACAUUGGCAAUUCCUGCCGAUGCCAGUGGAGAAGAUCCGCUCGCGGCUUGUUGAAAUGGCAUUUAAGAAGGAAGCCUCGAACCUGGAAUAUUCGACUUUCAAGACCGUGCCAACCCCCGACGAAAUCCACAACCACCAUAUGAUCGAUUAUUUCCGAGUCUUUAUUUGGACGCCUACGCCCAGCACUGAAGCCGAGGUUGAAGGCGAUAAUUGGUCUGCGCCUGAACACAAAGGCGUUUGGAAGACUGAAUCUGGAGAGGAGAAUGUUAUCAUUAUGAAGAUCCUGCCGGAAAGCCGGUUUAAUUUGCAAUUUGGUCGCCAGGUUAUGGGCAAGGUGCUUUAUUUGGAUGAGCGUAUCAACUGGAGGGAUUGUGUGCAGACAGACGACGAGGAGACGAAGGAUGCGGAGGCUUUCAAGGAGGCUUUCAAGAAACAUGAUUUCGCGAUGGAAACUGACGAGUGA